ACGUGAUGUCUGCUGGAUCCAUCAAUAAAUGUAUUCUGAAAUUGAUUAGAAUAUGUUAAGUGGCCUAACUGGAAUCAAACCUGCUGCGUUGUGUGGUUGUGCUGUAGUUUGAGCAGAGUGGCCAGUGGAUGAGUGGGCGACUGACCGUGGAAAACCACAAUUCCCAUGACUCCCCUGCGCCUAUUGUCAGACGUGACGUCAGGAUGUCUGCAGCUUCUCCGUGUUGGCUUUGUGCUCGUGCGACGCGACGCGGAGAUGUUUGGGCGAACGUCUGGGCCGUAGAAACAUGAACAAGUGUAUUUGAGAAGGCAAGAGGCAAGGAGCCAUGCAGAGUCCGAACCAGUCAAACAGUGGGCCAAACCCUGUGACCACAGCAACCGCAGAGAAACCACUGGACACCCAGACUGAAGCUCAGCCAGCACAAAGUGAACCAGAUGCACAAGAAAAGGAGAAUAAAUCAGCUGCUUCGACUGAGCCUGUAACACCAAUCACACACCAGGAAAAUGGGACACAGGCAGAAGCACCUGCAACUGUGGCAGUCACACAAGCAGUGGAGAAUCAGCCUGCUGCUCAGCCACUGGCUGUGCCUCCAGAUAACAUUGAAGGGAUGGAGCUGGACUCUGCUUCAAAGCCAAGUGUCCCCACUGAGCCUGUGCCAGAUAUAAAUACAGAUCAAGGGUGUGAUGGGCAAAAGGCAAAGAAACAGGAUAAAGGUGUGCAUGAUGGUAGGAAAUAUGUUCCCUCCAAGAAGGCAAUGGUGGAUCCUCUGAAGGUGGACAUGUCCAAACUACUGGUUAUGCCUCUCACAUCAUCUCAGCUGUCCCUGCAAUGCAUGGAGUGCCACAUAAUCUUCAGUGAUCAUAAGAGCAAAGAGCGUCAUCUGAAGCUGAGCCACCCAGCAGAAUAUGAACAUUGCAUACUGAGAAAUGCCCUUUUCGCCUGUUAUGUUUGUGACCGCCACUUCACAAACUCCACAGACCUAAUGGCCCAUCAGAAAGCCCACACAGAGAAGAAACCCUUCAAGUGUCCAAUCUGUGGCCAGGCCUUCAACAGAUCAUCAGAGCUCACGCAUCAUAAAAAAAUUCAUAUUGGCUUGGAUGGUUACACCUGCAUUGAUUGUGGUAAACCUUGCAAAACUAUGACAUUGCUCAAGUAUCACCGCCGCACGCACACUGGAGAGAGGCCGUAUGUUUGUAAGGAGUGUGGAAAGAGGUUCACCAUGUCCAAAACUCUGCAGAAACAUAUGGUGUCACACUUGCCAGAGGGAGCUGAAGGAGACGGUGGAGAUACCACAACUAAAGCACAACCGAAGAAGGAUGAUGGUGCUUCUACAAAGUAUCCUUGUGCUGUGUGCAAGGCCACUUUCAAGACUACAAAGACACGACUACAUCACAUGAAAACAAAGCACAAACUGUUGCCUGCUGCAGGCAAUAAUUCCCUCCCACCUGGACAACAAGUGAAACAAAGUGCACCCAUUAUUACUCCAAUAUCUGUUUGUCAACCCGCACUACUACAAGUGGAGCCCAAUGGACCUCUGCAAAGAGUUGAUGCUAAUAUUGACACUGAGCAGAUUCGCAAACUUAUCGAAUCUUUAGGAAAUGUACAGAAAGUGAACCAAGUUGUCAUACUGGGGCAGGUGCCACCUCAUGCUCCACCACUGGAAGUACAACAGACACCACAGCUGGCAGAACCAUUGAAUUUGAAUCUCAAUCCUCCACAGAUAGAUUUUAUGGGACCGAAGCAGACGGAAUCUAAAACAACUGAAUUGGACCCUUCAAAUAAUCCAUGUGAUUCAAUGGAACAAACAAUUAUACUGGAACCUAUAACACCAGAUGGUCACUUGGAAAACCCUUCCUUCUCAGAAAUGGGUUCCCACAUAGCAGCAGGUGAAAAUAUAGAACUAACACUUGUUCAGACUGAACAAAUAGAAAGGCCUGAGGGAGAGAUGAUGCAUCAGAUCCUUCAACAGCCCGAUAUUAGUGUAAUUCAGUCUGAUACCACUGAUCAAACGGUUUGUCAGAAUGAAGAUGUUCUGAAACAAAACCUGGAACAAACAGUCAUAUUAGAACUUACCCCUGCCUUGAUACCAACUGUGGAACUGGAACAAUCCCAAACAAUGCCACAAAAUGAAAUCCCAUCCUCCUCUCUACUACCAACCACUGAACUGGAGAAGACUCCUGAUCAGACUCCAGAUCAGACUGUAAUAGCCGAGCAGGAAACUGUAAUCUCAGCCCCACCACUUUUGCAUACAGUUGAGUUGGAGCUCACACCUUUACAAAGAGAACAACAGGACUUUACUUCUUGCCCUUUUGUUCCACCAGACACACUUACACAAACCCCAUGUGAAUCUGAAACGAAUCACAAAGAUUCACAGAUACAAACACUAAGCCCAGAUCAGGUUCACCCUGUCACUGAUGGAGCUGCUGAACAAGAUGUACUUGAUCAAGAACCAUUGCUGCUAGAUAGUAAAGGCAGUCAGAAGCAGAUGGAGAACCUGUCUGCAGCAGAGGACCUCUCCGCUAAAGAAGAGGUGCCCUCACAAUUAGAAACAAAGCAGGUCCCGCCGAUCUCAGAGUUACCCGUAAAUGUAAUGUCGGCUCAAGAACUGGUGAAAGUGCGGAAAAGAAAGCCAGCCAGGGCAUUUAUUUUUCAAGGAUAUAUGCAAGAACUGGUCAGAUCCAUGGACAAGGAUGAUUUAAAAAUUGAUCCCCAACCUGCAAAACGUCAGCGAACAAACAAGUCUCAUCUUGUUGUUAAAUUUGGUCCACAAAGCAAAGAGAUGAAAAACAAAAAACAAAAGAAGCCAUCACAGCAACGUCAGCAAACACAGGAAUCUGUGAUGCGAAGCAAAAGACCAACAACAAUCUCAGACAAAAAAGUACCAUCACAGAAGAAGGGGAGAAAGGGAAAAAAGGACAAGAAAGUGGGACAUUUGGUAUCUAUAGAUGGACUAAAUUCACCUUCAUCAACCCCGGACCCACAGGUGCAACAAAUCAAAGAGAAUACAAGGAAAAACAAAAUGAAGAAGCUGAAAAAAGUGGCCACAGAGGGUGGUACACAUAAAAGUGAGCACAAAAUUGUAGCCUCACCUGUAUUAAAAAAGAAAAAUCAAGCAAAAAUAAUGCAAAAAGAUCAGCCCAAGAAUGUAAAAGAUGGGAAGCGAAAGAAAAACCUGCCAAGAGAGGAAGAAGACAAAAGCACAGUUUCAGUAGACAUACUUGGCCCACACGUAACACAAGAUGCUCUACUUCUUCUGAAAGGUCAUAAACAACCCCAGUUGAAAGUUUACAAGUUAGACACUUCAAAGGCAUCGAGCCAGACACAGGAGGCUUCACAUCAGGAGUCCCAGACAUUGUCCCAACAGAGCAAAGUCAACCAACUCAAACAUCCAGCAACUGAGUCUACAAAUAAUCUCAGAGCAGAAGUUAAGAAAAAGGGAGGAAGACCCAAAAAGAACCAGAAAGCUCUUUCAUUGUUGUCCGCGCUACAGGUUUCUGCUGAGACGUUGCCCACCAAGCCAAAGACCACCAGAAAACGUAAAACCCCCUCAAAAGUGGAGACUGAAGGAGUGAUAUCUUCAUCUCAUUCCAAGCGUGCCUUAGAGUGUAAACACUGUGGGGAGCGAUUUAGUGAGGUUUCGUCCCUUCAGAAACACAAGGUGACGGUGCAUAUUAUAGAGAGUCCUGGUCUCACUUACACUAAUGGGAACAUCUUUGAAGGCGUCUCCAGGAUGGAUCUUUACCAGCUUCCAAAACAUGAUAAUGUUGUUGGGGUGAUGAAUGCUGCUACGGACUGGGAUACUGAGCCUGAGAUAGGAGAGAUGGCAUUAGAGGACAGAGAGCGAAGUGUCUCUUUUCCAGCUUUGAUUCCAUCCCCAUCUUUACCUAUUCCUUCUUCAGAUGUUGAAAUUAGCGUCUGUGAAGGUAAGGGUGGAAGCAAAACUGGAGCGGAAGAUCAAUCUCAUAUCUCUCCAGAAGUACCCUCACCAUCUGAUCAAAUGAAACACAGUGCGACCCCUCAGACAAAGAGCUGUGAGAAAGGAGAACUAUUGAAAUCAAAUAGGAACAAGCGAGAGGAAAGUACGCAGAAGAAUCCUGGCUCAGAAGUUGAAGUCCAUGGUGUCAUGGAUGAAGAUAUUAAGGAGGGUUUACUUCUCGAGGUAGAUUUAGUCACUGUUGGGGAGCAGAAUGAAAGAGGUGAUCCAAAUUUUCAUGAAGUCACUGUUUCUCAAAAUGAACCAAAUAAAUGCUGCAAUUCUGAGGGUGGAAAUACUGGACAAAUUGGUAAUGAAACAGAAAAAAAUCUCACUUUGCAAACCGUGUCAUGCUCCACUCAUCAAGUGGAGAUCAAAGAAGAAGAGGAAGAAAUCUUAGUCCAGAAGAAAAAAGGGGGCAAAGGAGCUGUUGCAAGGAAUGCUACAAGGGGACAGAAAAGAGGAACAGGACAUCUCAAAGUGGACAUGAUAUCAAAGAGUGUUUCAGUUGAAGAUACUGUCAGAGUAACAGAAUCAGAGAAACAACAGCAAGAAUGUCAAGUAGUUUAUGAAGAACAUACUGUCCCCUCGGAUUCAGAAAUUAAUGAUGAAAGUGAGACUGCCGCACAGCAUUCAAAUCUAGAGACCAUUCCUGAAUUUGAGGCUGACAGAGCUACUGCUCCUUCCGCAUCUUUGCCUUCUUUGCCCUCUACAUCAGAGGAAUCUCCUGAAGACCAAGUUGUGUUUGAGCUGAAGUCAGUUACCACUAGUGUUGAGGAGGUAAUGAGUGACAGAGGACUGCAGGGCGGAGAGGAACUUGACAGGGACCAGUCUCCUGGCAUUAUACUUGAGAAGUUCCUCACCUCAAGACAAAGAGCAACUGCUGACAAGGAGCUCUGUCUGAUGACAGCAAGGAACAAUCAAAGACAGGGUUUGGACAGCACUUCCGAGAAUGAAGUACAAUUCCUUGGAAACCAGGAUAUCAAAGUUGAAGAGAAUGUCUCAGAACCACCACUGGUAGCAGCCACCUCUCAAAAUAGACAGAGUGCAGUUGUACAUCCACAGCACAAUCGUGAUAUAAGGACUGUUUUGGUGAAGGAGGAGUGCACCCUCGUGUUGAAUGAGGUCCAGACCACGCAGGGCAGAAGACACAUCCGAUGGAAUGUGGAGCCAGCCAGCACUGAAAACACCUCCAGUCCAUUCAUGGAGAGUGGGGAGACAACAAGGGAUUGUCACAUCAGCCCUGGAUUCAACACUAGCCAGUGUAUCUUCUACCCAGUGAAAGAGGAGGAGAGGGAGGUCCUACUGGGAGCCGCUCAGACCAACAGUGAGAAUUUAACCACGGGGACAUCCAGUGAUGCCAUGCAGAGUGAGCUUGAGCAACAUCAAGCAACAGAUAGUAAUUUAGCAGAUGAAGGGAGCCACUCUGCACCAGACUACCGCAAAAUGAAAGUGAGGGGAUUAUUAUCAGAAACUGGGGUCAGUGACUUUGCAGAUGGACAAGCUGAGACAGAUGCUGAGUGGCAGCAAUCACCAGACCUCCAGGACUUCCUCCUCCAGAGUUCAGAUGAGGAGGAAGUCGGGGGUUUUGAAUUGUCUGAUCCUCAGCUUGACUCUGAAGCAGAAGUAAUGGCCUAUUUCUACAAGAGCCAAACAAACAACACUCAGCAAUCAGAUGAAAUGUCUCAAAAUUUGCCAACUUCAGCGGGCCAGCUCCAAACACCUAGAGAGAGAACAAAAGAGCCCAUUGAUUACUUCACCAAGUAUUUUGGUUGGGAUACUUGGGUGGAAAUUGCCAGUUGCACAAAUAAAUUGUCCAACAUGCCCAGUCCUGUCACAGCCAGAGAGGUUGCACAGUUUGUUGGGAUCCACAUUGCAAUGGGAACUUUGAAGUUUCCUAGUCCAAAGCUCUACUGGGAGGAAUUAACCAAGGUGCCCUUGGUUGCAGAAGCGAUGCCACUUUCCCGUUUCCUCAAGCUGUCUCGCAUGUUGAAGCUUGCUUCUCCAGUGAAGGAUUCAGUCAACAGUAACAUUUUGGAAGGAAGCCCUAAUAGUGACUUUCAAAAUAUCGAGCAAGGUCAAAAUCCCUCAAGCAGUCAAAGGGAAUUUUCUCAGCAUAGUGACGGGCAGAGGCAAGGGAACAUGGCAAAUGACCUGAACACUUCUAAAACACAGACUGAUCCCCUGUGGAAGGCUCAACCAUUAUUGUGCCGUUUUAAAGCAGGGUGCCAGUCACUGAGACGAGAUGGUGAUUAUGGAGUCGACCAAUACCCACUUCCUUUGACUGGAAAGAUACACAAUAAGAAGAUGUCUCUCCAAUGUACUACAUUAAUUGGAUUUGGUGGUUUUCUUUUAAACUUGGAUCUUAAAUUAGGUGUGUCUGGCAAAGAAGAUGUUGUAGAGAACAUGGUCCCCAAAGGUAGUAUGGUGUUUCUUUGCAAACAGGAACUGUCCACCCCCGCUAUGCUAGAGCGUCUAUUAGCCUCUGGAGUUCAUGGUGCAGGCAGGGUGGGAGGAGCCCGAGGACAGAUUGGAGAUGAGUUUGUAAGUUCAGAUGGGAAGCUGAUGUUACGCAGAUCACACUGUGGCUUCAUACUUUCUACUGCUGGAAACAGCCAGAGGAACAUGGCUUCACUCAUUGACAACUUUGAGAAGGCCCAGAUGUCAGCUCAUCUCAACAGAGAUUUGCUAAAUCUGUACUCUAUCCCUCUCACUGCCUUGGCCCCAACCUGCUGGCCUCAAGCAGUGCUCUGGUACCUAACAGAUUUGGCUUUGGUCAACUCUUGGCUCCUAUACAGACAGGAACACAGGGCUGCAACUGCACCUUUGACUCUAAUGGCCUUUAGAUUGGAGGUGUCCAAGACUUUAAUCCUCUCCAGUGGCUCUGAUACACAUGAUUCAGUGCCCCCUCAGCCCCCCACAGAGAAGGCUCAUCAAACAAACAAAACACCCAAUCCCAGCAUGGUGGAGGAAAGUCCUCUGCCAGAUGCAGCCACACGGUACGAUGGUCUAGGCCACUGGCCUGAGCAGCUUGGAGAGGGAGAGGGAGGCAGGUGUCGCUUUAGGGACUGUCAGAGAACAUCUCGAGUGCUGUGCCUUAAGUGCUGUGUCUUUCUUUGUAUCUCUCGCAACCACAAUUGCUUUUUGAAUUUCCAUAGUCAAGGGAAUUUGGAAAAACAGUAGGGUCCACAACAGACCUUACGCUUUAUUUUGAACAUUUUGCAUUCCACCUUAAUAUGUAACUGUGCUUUUGGUGUAUGUAAACCCAGCUCACCAAAAUAUGGAAGUAUCUCCUUUAUCAUUCUAACUUUUCCAUGAUACCGUUCACUGUCAUUCUUUUGUAAGGUAAUUGUGCUGCAUUUUAAAAAACAAAUGCUUAGUGAUGUGGCUUACUGUAUCAUUGAACAGGUGUAAAAAUUAAUUGCCUUCAGAAAGAAAUGUAAAAAAAUUACUCAUAGCCAUACAUUUUGUGCUGCAAAGAAAUGAAAAAUAUUAUUCUGACAUUACAGUCAUUGUGAUUGUUUUUUACUAUUUAUUUUAACCUUACUUCGUUUACAUUUUAUGAUGAGCUUGUUUUUGACUAUGAAUUUAAACAUUAUUUAUUUGAAUUUCAGAAAACAAUAAAAGACAGAUGAAAGA